AUGAGGGAAAUCGUGCACAUCCAGGCUGGUCAGUGUGGCAACCAGAUCGGUGCCAAGUUCUGGGAGGUGAUCAGUGAUGAACAUGGCAUCGACCCCACCGGCACCUACCACGGGGACAGCGACCUGCAGCUGGACCGCAUCUCUGUGUACUACAAUGAAGCCACAGGUGGCAAAUAUGUUCCUCGUGCCAUCCUGGUGGAUCUAGAACCUGGGACCAUGGACUCUGUUCGCUCAGGUCCUUUUGGCCAGAUCUUUAGACCAGACAACUUUGUAUUUGGUCAGUCUGGGGCAGGUAACAACUGGGCCAAAGGCCACUACACAGAGGGCGCCGAGCUGGUUGAUUCUGUCCUGGAUGUGGUACGGAAGGAGGCAGAGAGCUGUGACUGCUUGCAGGGCUUCCAGCUGACCCACUCACUGGGCGGGGGCACAGGCUCUGGAAUGGGCACUCUCCUUAUCAGCAAGAUCCGAGAAGAAUACCCUGAUCGCAUCAUGAAUACCUUCAGUGUGGUGCCUUCACCCAAAGUGUCUGACACCGUGGUCGAGCCCUACAAUGCCACCCUCUCCGUCCAUCAGUUGGUAGAGAAUACUGAUGAGACCUAUUGCAUUGACAACGAGGCCCUCUAUGAUAUCUGCUUCCGCACUCUGAAGCUGACCACACCAACCUACGGGGAUCUGAACCACCUUGUCUCAGCCACCAUGAGUGGUGUCACCACCUGCCUCCGUUUCCCUGGCCAGCUCAAUGCUGACCUCCGCAAGUUGGCAGUCAACAUGGUCCCCUUCCCACGUCUCCAUUUCUUUAUGCCUGGCUUUGCCCCUCUCACCAGCCGUGGAAGCCAGCAGUAUCGAGCUCUCACAGUGCCGGAACUCACCCAGCAGGUCUUCGAUGCCAAGAACAUGAUGGCUGCCUGUGACCCCCGCCACGGCCGAUACCUCACCGUGGCUGCUGUCUUCCGUGGUCGGAUGUCCAUGAAGGAGGUCGAUGAGCAGAUGCUUAACGUGCAGAACAAGAACAGCAGCUACUUUGUGGAAUGGAUCCCCAACAAUGUCAAGACAGCCGUCUGUGACAUCCCACCUCGUGGCCUCAAGAUGGCAGUCACCUUCAUUGGCAAUAGCACAGCCAUCCAGGAGCUCUUCAAGCGCAUCUCGGAGCAGUUCACUGCCAUGUUCCGCCGGAAGGCCUUCCUCCACUGGUACACAGGCGAGGGCAUGGACGAGAUGGAGUUCACCGAGGCUGAGAGCAACAUGAACGACCUCGUCUCUGAGUAUCAGCAGUACCAGGAUGCCACCGCAGAAGAGGAGGAGGAUUUCGGUGAGGAGGCCGAAGAGGAGGCCUAA